GGCAGCGGCAGCGAAGGCUAGACGCGGGGAUGGCGGGCCCCGGGAGCGAAGCCCGCUUUGCCGGGCUGUCGCUGGUGCAGCUCAACGAGCUGCUGGAGGACGAGGGGCAGCUGGCGUCCAUGGUGCAGAAGAUGGAGGAGACACAGAAUGUUCAGCUGAACAAAGAAAUGACGCUCGCCAGCAACCGGAGCCUGGCAGAAGGAAACCUUUUGUACCAACCCCAGCUGGACACACUGAAAGCUCGCUUGACCCAGAAAUACCAAGAGCUACAGGUUCUCUUUGAAGCCUGUCAAAUAAAGAAGACCAAAUUAGAUCAACAGUCAAGCAGUGCUUCCUUGGAGACCCUGUUAGCGCUUCUUCAGGCCGAAGGGGCCAAGAUCGAGGAGGACACCGAGAACAUGGCAGAGAAGUUUCUUGAUGGAGAACUUGCCCUAGACUCUUUCAUCGAUGUCUAUCAGAGCCAGCGGAAACUGGCCCACACCAGGAGAGUUAAAAUCGAGAAGCUCCAGGAGAUGGUGCUAAAGGGGCAGAGACUGCCACAGGCCCCAGCCCUGCCCAGGGUGCCUGAGCCGGUGUCCCCUGCCCCCCUGCCCUACCCCACCACAGAGGCCAGCGGGCCCCCUUCUGUCCUGCCUCGGCGCAUCCCUCCCCCACCACCCCCAGUGCCUGUAGGAUGUAUGGCCACACCGUUUGCUGCUGCCGUGGCCUCAGGACAGGCCCUCCCGUACCCAGGACUUCAGUGCCCCCCUCUGCCCCCCCGCGUGGGCCUCCCUACCCAGCAAGGAUUCUCCAUGCAGCUCAUGUCGCCGUCAAUCCCGCCAGCUCUCCCCCAGAGACCCCCACCCCGGCUGCCACCCCCACACCAGCCAGGUUUCAUCCUCUAGUGGGCCUGGUGUCUGGCAGCCUUUAGAGCUGUAGGUCAGGUUAAGUGGAAGUAGGCACCCCAGUGGCACUAGGGGCCUCAGCCUGGCUCCCCCUGGUUUGCGCUACUGGUGUGGUUUCUGUCUUAUAGUGUUGACCUCAUGUGAUUGGAAACAACCCCCCUGCCCAACCCACCCCAAAGUGAGACCCUACUUGCAGCUUUAAUGAGCACGGGUCGUGGUUUUACUUUGAGUCCUGUCCCAUGUGCUGGCCAUCGCAGGCCAGUUGGCAGGGGCCAGCCAGGAGGGUGCUCUAGAAACAGUGGGUGCACCUGUCACCCCUCCUUGAAUCUGGGAACUUUUGACACCUCCAGGUCCCAGGCAGGCUUUGCACUUGGUGGGAGCUGGACUUUGCAUGGUGGUGCCGUCCCACCCGCCUGAGGGUUUCUAUGAAGACACCCCCCACCCCCAUUUUCACUGUGUGGUUUUCCUAUUUUAUAUUGGUAAGGAAGAUUUUUUUUUUUUUUUUUGACAGACCAUUCAGGGAAACUAAAUGAUGCACAUUGUUUGGCGCAGACUGGCGUGUGGAGGAAGCAAGGGCUACUGUCCCCAUUGGCAGUGUGUGGCCACACCUGUGGUUGCCACAGUGCCUUAGGUUCACCUGGGCCAGGGAGGGCUUCAGCUCCCUAGGGGCCACCUGUGCCCAGGCCCUGUCUGUUCAGUGUGUUGUCAGCACUGGCUGCGAUUGGCAGGCUGGGCAGGGGUAUGCAGAUCUCAGCCUGGUUUGGAGAAAACCAUUGCCACCUGCUAUGGGCCGACACACCAGCUCCUUUUCCUCUGGGUUCACGUGCAUGUGUAGUCACAGGUUCGGGGGAGAGGGUCAGGGUCACCCUCUGUUGACAAAUGGCCCAUACGCACUAGAUUCAGGUACUGAGUUGGCUGGGGUCUGUCCUGUAGACCAGCUUCUGCGUGAGUACUGCUGGGUUCCAGCCUGAAACCCACUGCGUCGACAGUCAUUUCAUGCCAAUCAGAUGGGUUGGCCAUGCUCUGACUCCCGAGAGCGGUGCCAUCCAACCCAAUACCUCCACCGCCUGCCCUGCUGUCAGGGCACAGCCAAAUAUGGAGGAGUCGCCACUGCCUCACCAUCUCUCCAGGGCCUUGUCUGAGCUGUUUGUAAAGUUGUAGGACCCUUUUUAAUAAAGAGUUAUUAAUAAUCUCCUG